AUGGCAGGAACAAUAUUCAUCCAGCCAUCUUCAAAAGAAAGCAGAAAGAACGAAUCACCUGAAAUUAACAUGAGGGAUUUCUACAAGAGUCUGCUGUUUUUACUAGGAUAUUUCUCAGUUCAAACAAAGGCAGCAAAAGAAGUGAAUGUAGCAACAUGGGGUACAGCCGUUCAGUCGACAGUAAGUUUCAACUGGUACGCCGAAAACGCGCUGGAUGGGAACAGCUUAUCCUGUACUCAUACUGCAUCACAAAGUGACCCGUGGUGGAAGGUGGAUCUGCCGAAGACGUACAGCGUGAACACAGUGACCAUCACUAACAGACCAGACUGCUGUGACACCAGGAUAAACGGGGCAGAGAUUCGAGUUGGAAACUCUGCUUUAGAUGUUUUCGGCAACCCAUUAUGUGCUGUAGUUUCUACUAUUCCAGCCGGAGCUACCUACAGCUACUCGUGUCAUGGGAUGGAGGGACGUUACGUUUUUGUGACUAUUCCUGGAACUUCAAAAAUUCUUACUGUCUGUGAAGUGGGAGUCUAUGUGACUUUACCAGUUAAUCUGGCAACAGAAAAAAACGUCACACAGUCGUCAACCAUUGGCACCUGGUUUGCACCACAGGCCAUUGAUUCAAAUCCAGGUUUCAAAAACCCAGGAUCAUCGUGUUCCUCAACCAAUGGUCAGACUAACCCAUGGUGGAGGGUGGAUCUGCGUUAUAUUUACAGAGUUAGUAGAGUAGUCGUCACAAACAGACUUGACUGCUGUCCAGAACGAAUAAAUGGAGCUGAGAUUCACAUCGGAAACUCUCUGGAGAACAACGGCAACAACAAUCCCAUAUGCGCUGUGAUUUCUAGCAUUCCAGCUGGUGUUUCCUCCAUGUACCCAUGUAACGAUAUGGAGGGUCGAUACGUGAAUCUGUUCAUCCCUGGAGAUUCAAGGUUUCUUACUCUGUGUGAGGUGGAGGUCUAUGGAGAAGGUCCUUUACUGAAAAACACCUUUGUGAAGAUGAAGCUGAAGUCUAGUUCGAGUCUGUCUGAACCUGAUUUGAGAGUCCAGCUCCUGUCACAGCUGGAGUCUGCUCUGGCACAACAAGGGUUUUCUGACGUAACGCUGCAAUGGUCUCAACCGCCCAAACAGGAAGUGAUGCGGAAGGAAGCUGCCCCAGCUCAGUGUGCUGGAAGAAAGAGAUGAUGAUGAUGAUGAUGAUGAUGAUGAUGAUGAUGAUGAUGAU